AACGCACUGAACGUCAGUCAACGGUGCGGACGCAAUGGAUUUACGCCUGGGCGUGGGCGAUAAACUAAAACUGUUGAGCAAAAUCAUUGGCCACAAGAUUGUGCUUUAUAGAUUGGGCACAAAUCAAUUUACCCAGCUGAAAACUAAAUAUGGCCAAUUAAAGGGUACGCAAAGAAAGACUGUCUACGAUGGUGAAUUGUAUUAUGCCUUCGAGGGUAUUCCCUAUGCCCAGCCACCGUUGGGGGAAUUGCGUUUCCGUGCACCACAGCCCUGUUCUCCGUGGGAGGGAGUGCGGGACUGCACCUACUGUCGAGAGAAGCCCAUGCAGAGGAAUUCUGUUACGAACAAUGCUGAGGGAUCCGAAGAUUGUCUCUAUCUAAAUGUGUAUAGCAAGAAAUUGGAGUCGGCCAAGCCUUUGCCUGUUAUUGUUUGGAUCUAUGGUGGUGGCUUUCAGAUUGGUGAAGCAUCACGCGAUUUCUAUGGUCCAGAUUAUUUCAUGAAACACGAUGUGGUCUUUGUGCAUUUCAACUAUCGUGUUGGCGCCUUGGGCUUCUUGAGUCUCAAGGAUCGAGAGCUAAAUGUGCCAGGAAAUGCUGGUCUCAAGGAUCAAGUUCAGGCUCUGCGCUGGAUUAAAGAGAACAUUGCCACAUUCAAUGGGGAUCCGGAUAAUAUAACCCUAAUGGGCGAGUCGGCCGGAGGAGCCUCUACACACAUUAUGAUGCAAACAGAACAAACGCGUGGAUUAUUUCAUCGAGCAAUUGUUCAAUCUGGUUCCGCUUUAUGUGCCUGGGCCACAGAACCAGAUCGUCAAUGGGCUCACCGUUUGGCUAAGGAAUUGGGAUACAAGGGUGACUGCGCCGAGAAGGAGAUCCUAAAAUUCUUCCAGGAUGUACCAGCGUCUAAACUGGCCCAACAUUGCAAUGCAAUCAUCACACAAGAGGAGCAAAGGGAUUAUGAGAUUAUAGCAUUUGGCCCGGUGAUAGAACCUUAUGUGACCGAAGAAUGUGUAGUUCCAAGGCCACAGCAGGAGCAGUUGGCAAGUGCCUGGGGCAAUCAGAUUCCCAUGAUCAUUGGUGGUUGCUCCUUUGAAGGCCUUUUCUCGUAUCAGACAACCUUGGACGAUUCCCUGUAUAUGCUGAGUGCCUUUGAAGCUAUUUUACCCCGCAUAGUGCGAGAUGUCAUCGACAAGGAGGAGCUAGCCGACAUGGUUAGACGUUUGAAAUUGGCCUACUUUGGGGAUCCCGAGCGAGCCAGCAUGGAAUUGAAUGAAUGUCUGCAUCUGCUGAGUAUUAAAAACUUUUGGCAUGAUAUACAUCGCACACUUUUGGCCCGUUCUGCCUAUGCCCCAGCUACGCCCACCUAUCUAUAUCGUUUCGACAUGGAUUCACCGCACUACAAUCAUUAUCGUAUUCUGAAAUGCGGCAAAAAGGUGCGUGGGGUCUGCCAUGCUGAUGAUAUCUCCUACAUGUUCUAUGGCUUUCUCUCUAGUAAAUUAGAUAGAAAUACACCGGAAUACAGAACCAUAGAACGUUUGAUUGGCAUGUGGACGUCCUUUGCAGCCACAGGUGAUCCCAAUUGCGAGGCAAUUGCACCCGUCAAAUGGGAUCCAUUGCGACCAGGUGGUCCAGAAUUAUGCUUAAAUAUCGCCGAUGGAUUAGAAUUCAUUCCAUUACCCGAAAGCAAACAGUUUGUGGUAUGGGAUAGUUUCUAUACGAGGGAGAGUUUGUAUUAAAACAUAAAUUUGUUGAUUUAUUUAUGAAUGAAAUAUAUGAAAAUGA